UGUGUGUGUUGGGUGGAGUCAACCCGGAAUUUCUCCAAAUUGGAAAACCAUUGGCACAUUUCAGGAGCACCAUGAAGGACGGUAUUGCCAACAACAGCACGGCCAGCAUCUCCCACGCCAGGAAAGCUGUGGAGCAGCUGAAGAUGGAGGCCUGCAUGGAUAGGAUAAAGGUAUCCAAAGCCGCCGCAGACCUGAUGGCGUACUGUGACGCCCACAUACGCGAGGACCCCCUCAUCAUGCCCGUCCCCGCCUCCGAGAACCCUUUCCGAGAGAAGAAGUUCUUCUGCACCAUCCUCUGAUGACCUGCCGGUAGAGCUGUAUGGAUGCAGGCAUGGCGUUGCCUGGCUUCUCUGUCUUCACCACACCUGAAGCCACUGGCCAUAGGCGUUGAGUUGAGUUUUGCCAGGUGGACACUCUGUUGUUGGUCAGCUCUGUCCUGGUGGCUGAAGGUUUUUGGGGGAGUCAGCUACCAAAACUGGCAACCCAGUGAGCGUAUCAUGUCUUGUUAAAUAGGUUUGUUAUUGCUUUGUUAUUAGAGAACAGCCUUGCUCAGUGCUUAAUGAGAUGAGAGAUGUUUUUUUCUUUAAUUGUGCUAGAUCUUAACAUGCCUCAGGAAACAGAAAUUCGCCCAGUGUUGACGACUUUUUUAAACAUUUAUUUCCCUUCCCGUUAUCUGACUAAAGCAGCAUUAAUAUUUGUAUUAUCUUGAACAUGAUUUCAGUUGGUUUUUUGUAUUGCUUUCAGUGAACAGGUUUGACUAUUUGUAGCAACACUUACUGAAAGUACCACUGAAAUUUGACACUUCCCUCACUAGUGGUUUCUAUUUCAAUUUGCCUCCGCAGUCACCAACAAUUAACCCGCUCGUUUUAGUGCUGCAGUAAAGUUGGAUUCACAUUAGAGAGCGGAAAACAGAAACCUUAUCUCACGUGGUAAAUUAUUUCAGCAUGAGUAAUAAGAAGGAGGUGACUGCACAUCAGUUCUGCUGCAAAUAAAUAAGUAGACUCUCUAUUUAUUGAAAGGUGCAGAGCUAAUGUUUCAACAGCGAAAUGAGUUCUUCAGGGUUAUCACUGUGCAAACAACCCCUAAGUCAAAAAAUUAUUUAUGAAUCUGCCACCUCCUUCCCAGGCCCGUUUUAAUGCAUUCUACCUUUGCUGCUCUGUUUGAUUUACUCUUCAUAUACUUCAUCCACUUCAAAUCAGAGACACUAUCAGUUAAUCCCGCGGCCCCCCGACUGGAAUAUUUUUACAACUUGCAGGAGGAUAUUUUCCUCUUAUUCCCUUAACGGCCUCAUUUGUUUUCUGGGCAUGUUUCCUGAGCCUGAUUCUUUUUUGCCUGUCCUAGAGUGAAUGGCAAGGCCUUUGACAUUAAUGCCAAAACCAGAGGCCUGCAUGUUUUCUCUGCUCCUUUUUGACAGCCUCCUCUGUUUCCGAGGGACUGUCAGUCUUUUAGAGUGUACAGUAUGUUACAGUGCCAAUUUCUGUGAGAGCAGUGUGAUCCUCACACUGUGGUCCCACGGCCUUUUACUUUCUUUUUUCCCCCGUUUUUUGUUUGUUUUGGAAGAAAAAGCACACUGUCGAAAAAUUUCCUUUACAUGGUCGUUGAAUAGCAUUUGCUAAUUUUUACGAUGAAUUGUUAUGAUCGUUAUUAAUAUUGUUAUUAUCAGUAGUAUUAUUGAAUAUUUGUUGCACAGCACUGACAGCUACAUGACGUGUAGUGCUACUAAGCUUGUAUGAUAUUUAGGAGAAAGAAAAAAAAAACAUUUAUAAAUCAUGCAAUUAUUGAUACUAUCUGAGUAUUUUUUAAAUAUAAUGGUAAGGGUCGGUUUACAUAAUAUGAUCCCUUCGGUGGUUCAGGCUUUUUGCAUCAUCGUUUCUGUAAAAAUUAAAAUAAAUUUCCUCUUGGUACUUGAACAGCCUAUCACAUUAGGAAUCAAACUGACACUGGACUGUCACAAACUCAAAACUAUUGGGCUCAAAUUGUUUGCAGGAUAAUUCUUGUCUUUAUUUCCUAUCUGAUAAAGCUGAGACUGACCUCAUCUUAAGGAUGGUGCCAAAUCUGAAAUAUAAGAAAUAUAACAGGCUAAAGAUGAAUAUUGCAUGGAUUUAUUUCUAUCUAUAACAGAGAGAACUAUUAUGAUAUGAAAUAUUGCCUCUUCAUUGACUUUCUGGGUGCUACUCUGCACAUAAUUGGGGUCCGGAUGUGUCGACAAUGUGCAGCUGUAUUCAUGAAUGGUAUUAUCGUUUUUUUGGUAAGAAAAAUAGCAUUUAAAUAGCAGGCUUUGUAAAUCCUUUGAUGGAUCAAAUGAAUUAAAGGAAA